AUGGUUGUCCAAGUCGGUGAAACUAUCCCUGAUGCUACUAUCCAAUACGUGCCUUAUGAUGCCAACGAGGCACUUGAAGCAUGCACCCGUCCCAGCCCCUACAACAUUCACGACAAGCUGAAGGGCAAGAAGGCUGUCAUUUUUGCUAUUCCCGGUCCUUUCACGCCUACUUGCACUGAGAGCCACGUGCCUGGAUUCUUGCAAAAGGCCGACGAGUUGCGUGCCAAGGGUGUCGACGAGAUUAUUUGUCUUUCCGUGAUUGAUGGCUUUGUCAUGAAUGCUUUUGGUAAAAUGCUCGGCACCAAGGACAAGAUUAUCAUGGCUGGUGAUGGCAAUGCCACUUUUAGCACCGCCCUCGGCUUGACUCAAGAUUGCAGCAAGGGUGGUUUGGGUACUCGUUCCAAGCGUUUUGCUAUUGUUGUGGAUGACCUCAAGGUCAAGUACGUGGGUGUGGAAGAUGCACCAGGUCUCACCGUCUCCAGCGUUGAAUCCGUUCUUGCUCAAUUGUAA